AUGGUUUCAGAAGAGUUGCAAUCAAGUGCAGUUUCAGAUGGUGAGAUUUCAUCUGCAACGAUGUCAGAGAGUUUGCAUUUGAGUGGACUGCCAGAUGUUUCAGAGCGUUUUCAUGCAAUUUCAGAUGAUUUGUCAUGUGCUGCAACUUCAUUUGGACUUCAUUUGAACGAUGUUUGCAAUGAACAACCCUGGAUUGUCAGUGACUCGAAGGACCUCAUUCAGGAGUUUUUGCAUGCAGAACCCAACAGUGAUUCUUGUGCGUCGUUUGAGUUGUGCAAUUUGUUUCAGCUGGAUGACAUGGAUCAUUUUGCAGAAGUUGUCAGCAGGGCACAUGGUCUGGAGCUUUACGAGACAGCGUUUGAGGCAGUGAACAAGACAGCAAUGAAACGUUUUGGAGACAGCAGUUAUUUCAAACCUUUGAAUGCAAAACGUCCAAACCAAACCAAAUCUCUUGACAACCCUUUUGGAAAUGAGAUUUUUGAUUGUUUUGGAGAUUCAUGCAACCUGCAGUUCAACGUUUGUGCAGUUUCAGAAGGCUGUGAGAUCGUUUUGGACAGUGGGUCAGAUGCCACUGUGAUUCCAAUGUCAAUGGCAGGUGCUGGAAAACCUUCAGUUUCCCAAUCUUCAUUUCUCAGAGAUGCACAGGGUUCACAAAUCGAUGUUUCGAGCGUCAGAGAUAUCAAUGUGGUUUUGCAUUCAGUGGAUGGACGUUGCAUUACUUUCAGAGAUCGAGGUCAAGCUGAUUUGCAGUUUAGCCAGAUUCACUGGGAGUUUCAGAAGCUCUGUUUUCCUGCAGAUGAUCUGGCAGCUUUCAGGGCGAGGGCCACUGAGAUUGGAUUGCCAGAGGACGCUAUAGACAGGCUGAAAAAUGGUGGAGUGAGAAGCUUUGGAGCAUAUGCCUUCAUUACGAGCUAUCAGCCAGGUCAAGCAGAUGAGGCCCCGCUGAUCACAGCCCUGACAGACACUAUGGGGCGCGCACCAACGAAUGCAGAGACCAUUGCUUUGAGGAGGCUGUUUUUCGAGUCUUCCACAUUAGCAGUGAACGAGUUCAAGCAACGUUCCGAAAGGGAUGAAACUGCCGAGCCAACCAAAAUGCCCGUAGCAGAACGGAAUGCCAGACUGGAAGAUCAGAAGAAAAGACUGCCAGGCUUGCAUUUUAGCCCAGAGACUGAGCCCAGUCACAAAUUGGUGGACACAGUUUGCCAAAUGGCCACUGACCAGACCCUGGAAUGGACGCCAUGGGAAAAGCUCACCAGCAGAAGCAGCGAGGUCACUCAUAGCCUUGAGAUCCUGGAGUAA